AUGUCGAGCAAGUCAGAGUCCGCGUCCGCGUCGUCGCUGGACAAACCACGCGUGUCGCAUCACGACGCCAACCACGGCGCCGCUCCGCUGCUGGAUAAGAACAAGGCGGAUUCCAUGUCGCUCGCAGACUCGGAGAAAAACGGACCGGAGCCGUUGCUGUCGGACAACGUCCUUGCGGAGUACUCCGAGGAGCAAGUCAUGAACAUGGGCCGUGCGUUUGCGCACAAGUACGACCUCCCCAACGACGGGGACAUGUUUGGCCGUGCCGCGGCGCUGGCACGGCUCCCGGACAGGUACGACCACAUGUCGUUUCUCACCGAAGAGGAGCGGCUGGCGCUGUACGACGAGGAACACAACCCGUUCAAAAACAUCCCGAAAAAACUGAUCGCCAUCAUAUGUGCCUCUGCCAUGGGUGCUGCCGUGCAGGGUAUGGACGAAACCGUGAUCAACGGCGCUCUGCUGUACUACCCGGACCCUCUGGCCCUGGGCGCUGCCACGCAGCGCAACGAUUGGCUCACGGGUCUGAUCAACGGUGCGCCAUACUUGUGUUGCGCGGGUGUCUCAUGCUGGAUGACGGAUUGGCUGAACAACCGGCUGGGGCGGAAAAGGGUGAUUUUCCUCACCUGCCUGAUCUCGGCCAUCACCUGCCUUCUCCAGGCGUUUGCACCCACCGGAGAGCGCGGCUGGCACUACCUGUUUGCCAUGCGGUUCUUGCUGGGGUUUGGCAUAGGGCCCAAGUCCGCCACGGUCAGUGUGUAUCUGGCCGAGUGUUCCACCAAGAAGCUGCGCGGGAUUGUUUGCAUGAACUGGCAGACAUUCACCGCGUUUGGCAUCAUGUGGGGUUACGUGUUCACGCUGAUUUUUUGCAAGGUCGGGAGCGGGGUGGUCAGCGGCGGCCUGAACUGGCGUUUGAUGCUGGCCUCCGCCAUGCUGCCGGCGAUCGCGGUGCUGUUCCAGAUCCCUUUUUGCCCGGAGUCUCCACGUUGGCUCAUGGGGAAAGGCCGCUUCAAAGAGGCGUAUGAAAGUACCAUCCACAUCAGAGCUCACCGCAUCAUGGCCUGCCGCGAUCUAUUCUACCAGCACGUUUUGUUGAUGGAGGAGGAGUCUCUUGAAAAACCAUACGUGAAUAGGUUGAUGGAGGUGUUCUCCGUGAGACGUAACCGCAACGCUUUCAUAGUGGCCUUCAUUUGCGCCUUCAUGCAGCAGUUCUGCGCCAUCAACGUCAUUGCAUACUACUCGUCCGCCAUUUUCCUGGAGUCCGGUUUCACCGAGAUUUCCGCCUUGGCUGCGUCCCUCGGUUUCGGUCUGGUCAACUUCUUCUUUGCCCUGCCGGCCUUCUUCAUGAUCGAUCGGUUUGGGCGCAGGUUCUUGUUGCUCAACACUUUCCCGUGGAUGGCCGUGUUUUUGCUUGUCACCGGUUUUGCAUUCUGGAUCCCCGGUGAGCAAGCGCGCAUUGGGGUCGUAGCCAUGGGCAUAUACAUCUUCUCGGCCAUCUACUCGUUCGGCUGCGGUGUGGUUCCGUUUGUCAUCGCAGGUGAAGUUUUCCCUCUGUACGUGCGGGCCAUUGGCGCUUCGUUGUUUACCAUUUUUCUGUGGGGGUUCAAUUUCAUUUUGUCGUUGACGUGGCCCCGUAUGCUGAACGCCCUCCACCCACAAGGUGCAUUCGGCUUUUACGCGGCCUGGAAUGUUGUGGGCUGGUUCUUGGUUUAUUUCCUCAUGCCUGAAACCAAACAGUUGACUUUGGAAGAGCUGGAUGAAGUUUUCGACGUUCCGCUUCGUUCUCGUAUUGCAUACCAAGCCAAACAAUUGUGGCCGGAUUUCCAGGAGUAUAUCCUGCGUAGAAAGCACGUUUCCAGAGACCCUCCAUUGGAUCGUCACCACCGCUUGGCUAUCAAGGCUAUGGAAUGGGACGACAAAGCUAGUGUCGAGCAAGUUGAGCACGCUUCAUAG